AUGGCCGCAUUGUCAGGCUCGGAUGGCGAUGGCGCUGCAGGAAGUCAAACGCAGGUACGGGUGAGGCUUACCACUCGAGACACAGAACUCGCCGUCGAGGACAUCGCUCCAAUACUUGUUCCUACAUCUUUCCGCCGUCUGGCACUCUCUACCCUUGUCAACAGCCUCCUUGAGACCGAGAAGACGAUCCCUUUGGAAUUCGUCAUCAACGGCACCUAUCUUCGGACUACAUUGGACGAGUACCUAACGAGCAAUGGCAUUUCCGCAGAGACAACCCUGUCCAUCGAAUACGUACGAGCACGCAUUCCCCCUCAAUAUGUGGCAUCCUUUGAGCAUGACGAUUGGGUCGGCGACGUUGACGUCCUGUCCACCACCUCUCCACGAAUUCUUACUGCUAGUUACGAUGGUCUGUUAAGAGUAUGGAAUUCGUCCUCCCAGAUUCUCGCGACAUCUCCCGGCAUGGCGCAGGGCGGACAUGGUUCUUUCAUCAAGUCCGCAAAAUUCGUGUCUCCAACUCAAGUUGUCUCGGGAGGAUUCGAUCGCACUUUAAGAUUGUGGAAAUACUCUGAUCAGGAAGGGUUUGCUGCCAAUCUGUCACCACAGAUCGAGCUCUAUGGGCACAAGUCCUCGGUAGAAUCUGUGUGUCCCCAUGGUGCCUCUUCCCGAAUACUCUCAGCCUCCUCUGAUCACUCCGUUGGAAUUUGGUCUUCCCGAAAAUCAGAUGCGCCCGCAGCGCCUGAAGCCCUGGUCCCAAAGACAAGAACCAAGGAUCCCAAGAGGAGGAAAUUGAAUAGCGAGGUUUCGGUGUCGCAGCGCGGCCCCCUCGCGCUGAUGCAGCAGCAUACGGGACCAGUGUCUGGGGCCAUGUUCGAUCUCAAUGAUCCCACGGUGGGCUAUUCCACAUCCUGGGAUCAGACAGUGCGUACGUGGGAUUUGGUCACAGCUUCCCCAGUCGACACUCGAACUACGUCAAGCGCAUUGCUCUGCAUAGAGCAUAUGCCCUCACUUCAUCUCAUCGCGGCCGGCUCGGUUAGCCGCGUGGUGAAGCUGGUGGACCCACGGACUUCCGCCGCCACAGUCACGGCCAUAACCCUAAAGGGCCAUAAAAAUUCAGUCGUCAGCCUGGCCCGAGAUCCCACCAACGACUACACCAUUGUCAGUGGUAGUCACGACGGGACGUGUAGAGUUUGGGAUGUCCGAAGCACCAAGCAGGAGAAGGAGGGCGCGGUCGGGCAGAGUCUGUAUACAUUGUCAAGAGCGAGCCUCAAUGGCGUUGCCAGUCCUGCGGUGGGUGAUGGUGUCAAAGUUUUUGCAGUGUGCUGGCACAGCCAGAUUGGCAUCCUCAGCGCAGGUGAAGACAAAGCCGUGCAGAUCAACCGUAGCGACGACCAGACCUGA